CUUUCACCUUUGCUCGUCCCGCGCGUUUCAGGAACGCCUGGGAACACUAGAGUGCGCGAAUUUAUUGUGAAUCACUUUCAACAGCUUGGUUGGCAUGUCGAACUGGAUUCUUUUGUAGAUUACACACCUAUGGGUCCUACAAAGUUUACAAAUAUUAUUGUAACCAAAAACCCAAAUUCUGAUCAUCAUCUUGUGAUGGGGGCUCAUUUUGAUUCAAAAUACUAUCCUGACUUUGAGUUUAUUGGCGCUACAGACUCUGCUGUGCCUUGUGCAAUUCUAAUGGAUGUAGCAACUACAAUGAACGAUUUGUUGGAUCAGCAACCGCCAAAACAAAAAUCACUUCAAUUGAUCUUUUUUGACGGCGAAGAGGCUGUCAGAGAAUGGAGCAGCACGGACUCUAUUUAUGGUGCACGGCAAGUUAUUGUUAUCCGAAGGGGUAAUCGAUUGGACCAAAUAGAGCUCUUGGUCUUACUUGAUCUUUUGGGGACUCCCAAUCCUAGCAUCAACAAUUAUUACAGGGACACCAAUCGGUUGUUCUACCGUCUCCUGAGUCUCGAGAAGCGUCUCUUGGCCAAUUCACUUUUGGCUACGGUGGCCGAAGAUGGAACAGAACUUAGGCCGGUAUUUAACCCGAAAUCGUCUAUGACCUUCCGAGGCGAAAUGAUCGGCGACGACCAUACUCCGUUUCUUCAAAGAGGUGUAGAAGUACUCCAUAUCAUUCCGUUUCCGUUUCCUUCUGUUUGGCAUAAUCCCGGGGACAUGUCAGAGUGUAUCGAUCCCAACGUCGUACUUAACUUUGCGGUUAUAUUUCGUGCGUUUGUUGCUGAAUAUUUA